AUGAAGACUGCUUUAAUUUUGCUCAGCAUUUUGGGAAUGGCCUGUGCUUUCUCAAUGAAAAAUUUUCACCGAAGAGCCAAAUCAGAUGAUUCUGAAGAAAAUGGGGUUUUUAAGUACCUACCACGGUAUUAUCUUUACAAGCAUGCCUACUUUUAUCCUCCUUUAAAACGAUUUCCAGUUCAGAACAGUGACUCCUCUGAAGAAAAUGGAGAUGGUGAUAGCUCAGAUGAGGAGGAAGAGGAAGAGGAGAAUUCAAACGAAGAAGCAAACAAUGAGGAAUCCAAUGAAGAUGAAGAAUCUGAGGCUGAGAAUUCCACCCUUUCUGCUACAACACCUGUCUACGGAGAAGAGACCACACCAGGAACGGGAAAUGUAGGCCUAGCUGCGAUCCAACUUCCCAAGAAGGCUGGAGAUGUAGGAAAGAAGGCUACAAAAAAGGAAGAAAGUGAAGAAGAGGAAGAGGAGGAAGAGGAAGAGGAAGAAAAUGAGGAAAACGAAGCAGAAGUGGAUGAAAACGGGCAAAGCGUAAAUGGCACCAACACCAACAGCACAGACGUAGAGAAUGGCAAUGGCAGCAGCGGAGGAGACAAUGGAGAAGAAGAAGAAGAAGAGGAAGAAGAAAAGGCAGAAGCAACCACAGUGGUUGGAGAGCAGGACAACGGCGGGUUCGAACCCACCACUCCACCACAGGAGGCCUAUGGGACCACCCCACCACCCCCGGGGGAAACCACUACCGCCGAAUAUGAGGGGGAGUAUGAACAAACAGGCACCAAUGAAUAUGACAAUGGCUAUGAAGUCUACGAAAACGAGAAUGCGGAACCUCGAGGGGACAAUUACCGAGCCUAUGAGGAUGAGUACAGCUAUUAUAAAGGGCGUGGCUAUGAUAGCUAUGACGGUCAAAAUUACUACUACCAUCAGUGA